AUGGAUGAUAAAGUUUGUAUCGAUCGAUAUAAUAUAUCCUACGUUUAGUUAUUGUUUAGAUCGCUGCAAAGAUGAUCCAGAUUAAAAAAAUGAUGAGCGAUCGAAAUCAGGAGGUAAACAGAAUCAACUCGAGAAGAAAGCUCUUUGAUGAUAAUGUUGCAACCAACAUUCAAAUGAAAAACGAUGGAUUGGAGAUAAAUAGAAGAAAGCGUAUGGAAGCCGCAAAAAAAGAGGAGGUUCUGGAAAAUUUGAGAUUGGGGAAACUCAACUUAACUGAAUGA